AUGAUCUUCCUAAUGUGUGGAUUGCUUGAAGUGUCCCAGGCAGGAGUGGUAGGAGACUUCAACCAUGCGGAGCGCUGCAAGGACUCUCUCUUUAUGGGAACGCCACCACGAGGAUACCUCAGCAACUCCUUUAAGAAGAUCUGCCAGCAGUAUGAGGACAAACCCCGCUAUGUCACCCUGUACGACUCACACAAACACGUCCCCAUCUACUCAGCCUAUACAUUCAAGAAGUCAGACGGGGAGAAGAAGGUGGAUUUCCCUUGGAUGUUCGAGCCUCAGUUGGCCUCAGACAAGAGCAGCAGUAACAUGGAGCCCUUCCCCCAGUCUGCAAACAUGCACAUGAACUUUGAGGACUCCCAGGCAGUCCUGGAGGACUACGCCGAUGUGGUUCAGUAUGAACGCGGCCAACUAAAUCCCGAUGAGCAUCAGGCUGACCCUCUAGACAAGGCGUCCACCUACACCUUGACGAACGUGGUGCCUCAAAUCAGGGAGUUCAACAUGGGUCCUUGGGCGGAACACCGAGACAUCGUCCGAAAGCGCCUCAACAACUACUGCCGCGGCAAAGCCUUUGUGAUCACCGGGGUCACCACUUCUGGACACACGAUCCGUCGCAACAACCAGGAACGGGUAGCUGUGCCCGAGUACAUGUGGUCGGCCUACUGCUGCACCGAGUUCGACCAAAAUGCGCCGUACUUUGUGCGCUAUAAGUUCCCUGUCUUUGGUGCAUAUGGGCUAAAUGAUCGUGUCAACAACCAAAUGGUGGAGGUUCCUCUCAAAAACCUAGAGAAAUUCCUCAAGGGGAGGAUGGAUGUGGACAAGAACUUCCAGAUUUUCUAUAAAGAUUGUGUAUCAGAUAAAUGA